AUGACCGUGGAGGGGAGGGUCAGCGGCGGGGGGGACGGCGGCGGCAAGGACAAGUUCCCGGUCGGCAUGCGCGUGCUCGCCGUCGACGACGACCCCACCUGCCUCAAGGUCCUCGAGAACCUCCUGCGCCGCUGCGACUACCAUGUUACAACCACUGGGCAGGCAGCCACCGCCCUCAGGAUGCUCAGGGAGAACAAGGACCAGUUUGACCUCGUGAUCAGCGAUGUCCACAUGCCGGACAUGGAUGGUUUCAAGCUCCUCGAGCUUGUCGGUCUGGAGAUGGACCUCAUCUAUUAUGCAGUGUUGUCUGCAAAUGGGGAGACACAGACAGUCAUGAAGGGCAUAACUCAUGGAGCAUGUGACUACCUGCUAAAGCCGGUGCGUCUUGAGCAGCUCAAGACAAUAUGGCAACAUGUGAUUAGGCGGAAUACCAAGAACCGUGGUAGUGACAAUGAUGAUGCCGGUCAGAAAGGGCCGAAUGCUGAAGGUGAGAAUGGCGGAGCUAACCGCAACAAGAGGCAGUCACGGAGGGAUAGAGAUGAGAAUGGAGAUGACGGUGAUGAUUCUGAUGAAAACAGUAAUGACAACGGCGACUCGUCAUCCCAGAAGAAGCCAAGAGUUGUGUGGUCUGUGGAGCUGCACCGGAAGUUUGUUGCUGCUGUCAACCAGCUUGGCAUCGACAAGGCUGUUCCAAAGAAGAUAUUGGACCUCAUGAAUGUAGAGAACAUCACCAGGGAGAAUGUUGCUAGUCAUCUGCAGAAGUACCGGCUGUAUCUGAAAAGGAUGAGUAUGGAUGCAAGUAGACAGGCUAACCUCGUUGCUGCACUUGGAGGAAGGAACCCUGCUUACAGCAAUAUGAAUUCAAUGGAUGUCUUCAGGCACUACAGCAACACGUACGGUAGAUACCGACCAGUUCCAACCAGCAACCAUUCCCAGUCAAAUAACCUUGUUGCAAGGAUGAACUCCCCUUCUGCAUACGGAAUGCAUGGGUUGCUGUCUCCACAGUCUCAGCCACUUCACCUUGGCCAUGCCCAGAAUAAUCUGGGCACUUCCCUGAACGAUUUGGGUGUCAAUAAUGGUAACCUGAUCAGGGGUGCACACAUCUCAACCAUGGUGACUGGUACUUCUGGUAACUCUUUUGCAAACAUUUCAAAUGGUGCACCAUUGGCUCCUACAAAUAGGGCAGUUCAGUCUCUUGAAUCAAACAACAGGCAACACCUUGGUCGGAUAAAUUCGUCUUCGACAGACUCAUUUAGCUCAUUCGCUAGUGAUUCUCCCCACUUUCCGGAUCUUGGAAGAAGUAGUAACACCUGGCAAACUGCAGUUCCGUCCAACAUUCAGCAACUUGGUCAGAACGGCAGCAUGUCCCAAGCAAGCUUGCAUGGGAAUGGCCCUAGGAUGGAACCUGUCUCUAGCUAUGCACCACCAUCAAAUCAGAUUACAUCUCUGGGAAAUGAUAUGCAGAACCAAGUAGCACCACUAGCUAGCAAUAGCCUUCCAAUGGUAUUCAAUCAGGGUGCAGCGCCAUUCACCUUUGGAAACAGCACAAACUCGAGAGAGGCGCUCAAUAGCAACCUUGCGUUCAGCAACUCAGGCAUCAACACUUCAUUGCCAAACCUUCGCAUUGACAAUUCGGUUGUGCCAAGGCAGACUCUGGAUGGCGGGAAUACAGGCGGUGUUCCCUCUCUGCAGGAUGGCAAGAUUGAUCAGCAAGCUGUUGGUAAUCAGCUCAAUUACAACAACAAUGAUCUUGUGGGGACAAGUGGGCUGCAAAGGGAGCUCAGUGGUGGUCUGGAUGACAUUGUUGUUGACAUGUUCAGGCCGGAUAAUGAUAAUGGUGGCAUUUUCGACACGGACUGGGGGCUGGUCUAG